CCAUGUCCAACCCAGGCACCUAAACGCGCUGGUGACGUACAUACUGUACCUACUACGAACAGUGCUGAUUGCCGACGCACGUUUUAACACGGCGAAGUUCGCUCAAAGGCUGAGGCCAGCGCCGUCAGCGAAUGCCCGUUUCCCGGAGGAACUCCAUCGGUACAUACAGCAGAACUGCUUAUACUUCUUCGAGGAGAGACGACAGGGCUUUGAGUCACCUGCUGCUGCGUUAAACUCACCCAACCAAGCGCAGGGGAUGCAUUUCUAACCUCGCGGAAAGUUCACCCGAAGGAAAUGCAGAACCCCGACGGCUUCCCUGAUCUGCUGAUCACGGCUCACACUUUGUAUAAGAAGUUUAUCUCCGCCACCGACUGGGAAGAGCUGAAAUCGGGACAACAUGAUGUGCCGGGUGGUUUUACCUUCCGAGCAUUCGCACGGCGAGGCACCCAGUCUUCACAGUUCAAAGCAAUUGCGACAGUCUCGGAUAGCGGCAUAGCGUUGCGACCGCGCAACUAUGGAGCUGUUUUGAGCGAGGGAUCAGCUGGGACGCAGAGACGGGUUCUUUUUGAUGACAUGUCGAUAGUGAAGAGGUUUGACGGAGCCACUUCGUUACAGCGAUGGCGAAAAGGCUCGGAGGCGGGAGCGCCCGGAGAGUUCCUUUGCAUCAAUCAGACCGUCGCAACUACUGGGACGUUUGUUUCUCUGUCAACUUCCAUUCCUGCAUCCGCGGAAAAGGAGCUUCUCCCUCUGAAUUCUCUCAGCGGUAGCGGAAGCCAGCGCGGACACUUGAACUUGUUCUCCCUGGUGAUCGAGAGAGCGGCGGAUUUCGACGGACUUCGAGCGACAGUGUUGGUGGACAUUGCUACUUCUGCCCCUGAAGCGUUCACAUUCGGAACGAGGGCGGAGCUCGAGGCCACCAUUUGCCAGGAACUUUCGAACUCCUUGUUGGAUGCCGCUCAAAGUUUGAAGAAAGAUGGGUUUAUCCCGCUUCUGAUAGACUACUCUCCGGAUGUCAAGAUCAAACGGGAGAAAUACUUACAUUCCAGCAAGACGUACGCAUUAGACUGGGAGCUGGCUUCCGUCGCGCAUCCCGUGGAAGCGUUAGGGGAGUCUACAGCUUCCCUUCUUUCGCACGUAGCUCAGGCUCCCAUGGUGGAAGUAAGACUGGAUUAUCGGCGGUGGCUGGGCCGGAGCAGGGGUUUGCGGAUAUCGCUCGCGAUGGAGACCUCAAAUGGUGAAGUCGAGACGGAUCUCAACAAAUUGGUGGAGGUGACGGCGGAUGAGGAAGGAGGCUACCUCGUCGCAUGUCUCUUUGAGGAGCAGCGGAGGCCAUCCGCUUUUAGCAUCCAGCUCAGCGUACAGGACGCACCUGGAGUAGAGGUAAACGGAACGCUGCUGGAAAUGACCGUUCCUCCGGACAUCAGGUCCCGUCAAGCAUCUCUAAUUCAUAUAGGCCAUUCGUCCACAAACGAUGAGGCCGCCGCCCUUAUGACUGCGAAGAAAGAGGCGGUAGAACCAGCAAUACCUUGUCGAACGUCGAUGACGCAGAACAUUAGUCUUCCCCUGUAUCAGCAUCGAUUCCUCAACAAGGUCAUCGAGGCUUUCGACUUUUUCAACACUUUGCUAUGGGAUAGCACUUUAAGGCUUGUCACGACACAACGGGACAUCGCCAUUUACAAGCGAGAAGUAUUAGAUCAUCCGAUAGGCAUCCUAAAGGGUGCGGGGGUGUUUGCUGGAGGGCGGCAAGCUCUGUGGGAUGCGUUGGCGGUGCUGCAAACUGCUGGCGCGAGAAAACUUUGGGACUCGAACGUCGAAGAUAGCGUUUUGGUGGAACAUCUGUGUCCAGUUAGCACUAUUCAACAUGCACUCAACAAGGCGGUUUGGCCUACAAGCGCGCGUGAUGCUAUUGUUGUCAGCACGAUGAUCGACGGGCAGGAUCGGGUGCAAGCCUUUGUCACUUCUGUCUCGGAUGACCCAGCAAUACCAGCUUUGAAGAGUGGCUGGGUCCGCGCAAUUGUAGAAGUUGCUGGCUGGGAUCUGGAACUUCUACCUGACGAUAAUGUGAAGAUCACUCAUAUCAUCAAGUUUGAUCCAAAAGGGUGGAUCCCGUCUAGUCUCCUGAACGCGGUCUCAACGCAGAUCCCGCUCGCGGUUGAUGCGGUUAUGUCCCACGUGCGGAAGCAUGGCGCCCCGCCGUACACAGUGAAGUGCCCUCUAGGAUGCCACAUUGAUAAAACCGAAUACUCUCACCCAUAUCUGAAGUUUACUCUAUCGGCAAAGUCACGGUCCGCAGUCGCAGAUGGAACAGCGAAGACACUUGACGUUCGCGUUGAUCUCUCAACGUGGUCGCAAGGCAACGUGGCGAUAACUUCUUCAGCAACUGUCAGGCUGCGGCGAGUUCGCAAAUACGGCGCUGCUUCCGUGAUUGUAAGUUGGGAGCCUUUGGCCGAUGAGAAUAUCAAUGUACAGAUAGCCAAAGGCCAAGCAGGGUCCGGAAUCCUCCUCAAUGGCGUCAAGCAAGUUUUGCCUGAGUUUGAAGGGGAGAUCGCUCAUGAAGAGACAAAGGCCCUGCCUUCAGCACCGCAACCAGUUGAUCAGCCAGCGGCGCAAACUCUCCCUAGGACCAGAGCCGCAGAGCUGGAAAUAUCGACAGCGAAAUCAUCAGGUUCGCCAAUGGAUGAUCCCGGUUCGAAAGGGGUCAGUGCUCCAUCUGUGGAUAGCGUGCGCCCAGCGAUUCCCGCAAGUGGCACACAGUGUCGGCCAGAACCACCCGCGAAUGAGUCGGAGAUUGCCCGUUUGAGUGGCGUGAAGAAAACCGCCAUAUCGACCACCGCCAAACUCUUGAAGACGCAUAACAGCGUUGAGGGAUGGACUGCUGUCACGGGGGGCUCGUCCGGCCUGAAUCUUCACAGGAAGGAUGUGGUCGGCUUCGUACCUAUCAUGAAAAGCGAAAAGGUCAUCGAGAACUUUGCGCCCAUGGAUAUUGCAGCAGUCAUCAAGUCGUACGGGUGUAGACAAGUAUGGGACGACCUGCUUGAUGGAGCCAAGUACCUUGAGCACUGCAAUAAUGGUAUUGCAUUGUCAUAUCUCACCUACGCGACCAUGUAUCCCAUGAGCCGAAGGGACAUGUACGUGAUAUCACACGAGCAUACGGUGUCGGUUCAAGGGAACACUGGUUCUCCCACCAUAGCAAUAGCGACAUCCAGCAUAAACGAGGACCUCAUCCGCCCAGAUAUGCUUAGCUGCAUGAUUAAGGGCGCUGUGCGAGGAACUCUGCCUAUCUGCGGCUGGAUCCUAGAACCGGUUGAUCCGUACGCUAGUCAACAAUACCCAAUACCGUCCACGAAAGCGACAUUUUACUUUCAAAUCGAUCUUGGAGGCUCGAUAUCACAUUGGCGCGGCCUGUACAGCAUGAUUGUCGGAAACGCGCCGAAGCAUCCAGCGCGCGUGGAGGCAUAUUUGAAGGAACAUGGAGUGCCACCAUAUAUAGUGAACACGACCAUCGGGGGCAGUAACCAAGAUGGGGCGAAUGGCAAGUUACAGCUCACCAGCUUCAACGUCACUAGCGAGGACUUUACGCACGCCACCAGUCAAUAUGCCGUCGCGUUCGUGUUCACAUAUGAAGGGUCUCUCGCAAAAACGCCAAGGAAGGCGUCUGAAGCGGCAACGACCCUCGAUGCUGAAGUUGAUUCAUUGAGCGACCUGGAGGGUCGCCGUGUUCUUGUGACGGACAUCGUCAUUGACCUCACUCGGUAUCGGAGCGGCUACAAGGUUGACUAUGACUCGAAAAUGACCGCGGAUUCCGAAGUAUUGGAAGUCGAGAUUGAAGAGGUGCCACCGCCCCCAACGCACAGUGCCACGCAUUUUCCCAAAAGCACUGCGAAGGUUUCGCCCACGAUCAACAGCGCCAGCACCGAGUCAGGGGAAGAGACGUCACCGCUCGAGUCUCUGGUUCCUGAGCCCGACAAGAAUAAGGACAGCUCCAGUCGCCCAAUACCGUCUCUGAUCGCUCCAACUGCGUAUGGAUCCAAGCAUCGUGUAAAGGUUUGGCUGGUGGAGAACGUGCCCCGUCAGCAAAAAAGGACGUCGUUAACAUCGGCAGCUGCAACUGUAAGUUGCAACUUGAGGAUCAGUCCUGCAACUCAGAAGCGGAUCGGAGUCGCUGGGGUUUGGUCUGCGCCGGUGGGUGGCGAUUACUCGUGUCCAGUCACGGUGAACGAUACGCGAGUGGCGAUCACGAAGCCCAGUGGAAAGCAGCGGGGAAAGAUAUCUCGCAAGACCAGUCGGAAUUCCUUUGGGUCCGCACGAUCGAGCGAGGUUUCAAAAUGGCACGAAAACUCAAGCACAGAUCUGGCGCAGUUGGCAGGCGGUCCAUCCGGGUCCGAGCCUCAGGGAGGACUGGGCUUCGGAUCAUUCCUGAACCGCAGAAGACCGACCAACUCCCCAGAACCCGUUACGUAUCGCAAGUAUGCCCUUACCAUCCACAUCGGCGACAAAGCGCAAUCACCCAAGCGGCGGCGGUUAUUCGUCUCCGAGUCAAGAAAAGAAAGCGAUGUCAUUCUCAAACGGCACGCCCUCAUCAGCCGUCACAAACGCAAGUCAAGCCAUGCUGGAUAUGCUAGCAGCAGACCGACAAAUGGAAACACCGCCGCCAUUCAAUGACGCUGAGGGUGAUGUAGUGCCAAAGCGACGUCCAAUUUCAGCAGCCGA